UGUAUCAUGGAGCUGGUCAGGCCUGUGCGUACCUGGCUGAGAGGACCCGGCUGCCUAAACUGCCUUGUUCUGUGAUUUCUACUGGCUGCAAGCUGCAUUCAGAAAGACCUGGGAGAGCCUCAAGCACGCAAUGGUGACGUCGUGGGACGGGAGCUGGGGGUGGGGCGGAAUCGGGUGCUUUGGCCACAGCGAUGCAGAAGUGGUCACGCUGUGUAGUUCACCCUGGUCGAACCUGUGUAACUCAGUCUGACCUUAAAUUCGCAGCGAUCCUCCGGCCUCAAGCCUCGCUACAGCUGGGGCUUAGGGGUAUGCGCCACCACACCCAGUCCACCCAGAGUACCUCGUAGGCCGGUCUCAGACACAGCUUUGUUCCACCGCUCUGCCGAGAGCCUGAGCCUUGCGAAAACCCUGGGUUUCAUACUCGGCAAUGAGAAAAUCAUCACUGUAAUGUUUUACAUCAGACCGCUACUUUCAAUUGUAUUGUUACUCCACGAACAGAGCUUGUGGUCGCCAACAUCGAGGAAUGAGGUCGCAAACCAAAAGAAGGAUGUUAGAGAACUUUUUUUUGAAAUAAGAAUGGCUCCCUCAUUUUUGGGAGUGCCCCCAGUGAGUGGCCUUGUAGUCCUGCAAUCCGGAACAAAUACAGAAAAGGGGAGCAUAGUUUAAUGGGGGAAUAUCACAGAUGCCUCUGUUGAUUUAAAACAACUCCCUUGGAAUUGGGCUUUCUAAACCCAUUUCAUUAGCAUACACUGUUAAAAAGAAACAUUUUAGAGAAGCUCUGGUAUUUUGUAUUUUAAAUUCCUGGAAAUUCAGGAGCUUAGUGGGGAGGGGCUGCAACUCCUUUUAGUAGAGGUGGCUGCAUUCUUUGUUGGGCAGAAAGUUCACUCUUGUUCUCACAGUCUGGGUAAUGCUAUUCUCAUUUUAACUCUUAUCAAAAUUAUUAAUUUCCCAGCUCUUAUCUCUGGCCCUUCCCUUCAGCUAGAUACUUUAUUUACACACUAUUAAAACAAAUUAUUCUUUAUAUUUGGACUACUUAAACGGAGCAGACCAUAGAGUUUAGAAUGCUGAGAAAGAUCCAGGGGAUAUUAAUGGAGGGGAAAUGUUUCCUCGAGGGGCUGCCUAUUAAACCCACCACACUGAGAGAUGCUUUGAACUGGGACUUCUACAGAGUGAUGUACAUGUGAUAUUGGUAUGAUUGGAAAGGUAAAGAGGAAUCACCUCUAAAAUAAUUAUUUUGUAGUCUAUGGACUAUUUUUAGGCAUUGUUUUAAAAACUGAAAAAGCAAAUGAGUUGUUUAUAUAAAAGAAGUACUUGGCCAGGCAUGUAAAUCCGUGCUCCACAGACUGAUGCAGGAGGAUCUCUCUGAGUUCCAGACCACCCUGGGCUAUGAAGUGAGUUCAAGGCACCCCGAACUGCAUAGUAAAACCUUGUCUCAAAGAGAAAAUUACUGAAAUAGGGGUAAAUUUCCAUAGUUUCAGUCAAUUGGCAUGUGACUGAAUAGAAUAGAAAAGUUUUUUGAAUAGCCAAGAGUAGAUGAGAAUGAAACUGAAAUGGGAAUCCAUGGAAUUUGGGGAUGGGACAAAGAUCAGCAGCUACAGCAAUAAAUGUCUCCAGAAGUCAGGUUGUUCUUAGUGUGAUAAAAUAAAAAUUCUCCGCAGGCUUGAUCAGAGAUUAGGUCAAAGGUCACAGGCCUAAAGAAAAGAGGAGGGUUUAGUAACAGAUAAAUAUUUCUUCUGUGACUACUGAUCAGUUUACCUAAUCAUUUUCAUGGCACAUUAGAAAUUAGGAAACUGGUCUUUUUUUAGGUUUAAAAAUAGUACAGACUUCAUCACUAAUGUAGAAUAAAGGGUUUGUCUUGGAUACAAAAGAUUUCAAGGUGAGUUUGAUCUUUUUCAUCGUUCUGGGAGUGAAUUUAGGAAUUUUAUCCUGAGAGUUUUUCUUUCUUUCUCUUUGUGUGUGUGUGUGUGUGUGUGUGUGUGUGUGUGUGUGUGUUUGUGGGUGUGUAGAUAUUAAGUUCCCCAGGGUUGGGAGAAGUUUGGAUAGUUUCAAUAUCCAUGACUCGUGGUAACAUAGACAUGUGUCACCUUGCCAGUUUAAGAUUGAGGGUUUUUUAUUUUAUUUUAGAAUUUCGUGGCUUCUUAUGAUUCCUUUGCUCACCUCCCGGCUGUAACACAUCAUGUCCUGCACUGGGACAGUGAAAGUGUUGUGGAACAUCAGGAUCUGUUUAAUUUUCUGAGUGUAGGUUUUCUUGUGAACUAUGAUAAAGCAGACUUCCCCACUGAAUAUUCUUUGUGCUUAUUUUGCCACAAAAUGUUUGAAGUUUUUGGAAGCUGUCUCAAGGGUUUAAGUUAUUUUUAUGAUGUAACCAUAAAAUUAAGAUUUUCUUCUUUGAAACCAAAUAGAGAGAAUGGUCACAUCUGAGGAAUCAAAGAACAAUUUAGAAGUAAAUUGUUCGUCUUACAUUUAAUGUAAAUAUGUGUAAACAUCCAAAGGAUGAUGAUGCAGGUGAAUGAAUCAAUGAAGUUUGAAUCCAGUGCAUCUUUCUGAUUUUAUGUAACUACCCACAAAAGUCAACCCUGCUGCUGGUUAUAAGCUGUGCCUACUAUGUGCCUGUUUGCCUACCUCAGUGUUACAAUUUGUUCAUUAGCCACACUGAUUGUGUUUAUCAUAUAGAUGUGUCCUGGAAUGUAUUUACUCAUGGCAAUUAUAGUGACAAUAAUGGUUUGCUACAUUGCCUUGUGUUCAUUGAGUGUAAUUCAAGAAAUUGUUUCACAUUUUUCCUCAUAAAUUAGGCCUGAAGGGAGAGGAAAUUUUACUCACUAUGGGUGUAUUCUGAGAAGUAGGUUAGCCCUUUUUAUCUACUCUUUUUUUUUUUUUUUUCUUUUGCUCUGGACACCACUCCUAAAUUUUUAUUUGGCUGCUAUUUUGAGCAUCCCUCAUAAGGAAGGAAAAUGUAUUCUCUGUGUAUACCAUUUACCUUUCUGACAAAAAUUUUAACCAACAGGCCUCUAGAAUUAACAAUAUAAUUCCAUACUCUAGAAGGAUUCAACAUGAAAUAGAAUCCUGUAUACCAAUAAUGAAUUUGCUGUGUAAUUAUUUUAAAAAUUCAGAAUAUUAUCCCUUUCUCUCAAAAACCCUCAUUAUUAUGGGUCUUCUACACCCAGAAACUAUGCCUUUUGAAUUUAGGUAGGUAUUUUUUGCUCAACUUUGCCCAGUCAGUUAACUCAAGUAAUCUGUCCAAAAUGUACAAAUGAUAUUUUGAUUUAACAGUAACAUCAAUGACAAAGGAAUUUUGUCAAUAGUGGGUUUUUAAAUUAUUGUCUUACUUUAAAAGAAUAAAACAACUAUAAGAUGAAACAGUGAUAACACGUGGGAAAUCCACAGUGGUUACUAUAUUACAUAUUGUUAACGUCCCUAGUUGUUUAGAACACCAGCUUUGGAUUUGCAUAGUCAAUCAAACAGUACAAGUGUUAGGUUGUUUCUUCAGUUGUUUUCAUUUUAGCCUGUGUUUCUGAAUCAGCUGGUUGCUUAUGGAUGGGAGGACCUCUUUCAGGGUUUUCCCUGCCUGGCAAGGCCACCACUGCCACACUGGGCAUAGCUUUGUUCCUGGUUCUCCUGAGCUAGCACGGACGGCUGCUGCUGGUGCACUGUGUACUGUGCAGUUUCCUUGGCUCUGCCUAACUGGCAGGACUGCUGCUGGUGCAUGUGGAGCUGCGUGGCUUCUUUCCUGGUUUUCCCCAGCUAGCAGGCCUGCCAUUGACACACAGGGGGCCUGCAUAGCUUCUUGGUUCUCCCCAGCUAGCAGGGCCAUGCAUCAGGAGCUACAUAGCUUCCUUCCUGGUUUACCCUAGCCAGCAGGACUGCCACUGGCAAAUGGGGCUACAUAGCUUCCUUCCUGGUUCUCCCCAGCCAGAAGGGCCACCACUGACACACAGAGGCUGUAUAGCUUCCUCUUGGUUCUCCUUGGCUAGCAGGACCCUGGGUUUUUUGAGAGGCAGAAAUAAUAAUUUUUAAUAUCAGAGGAAAAUGCCUGCAUUCUAUUCCCUGAUACUGGCAGUGUCAUUGUCUUUGAUAAUUAUUUCUUUUAUCCAGGAAAGUAAUAUAAUGGCAUAAUGGAACAUUUGGAAAAAAAAAAAAGAAAAAGAAAGGAAAAGUAACAGUUUAGUAAAAAGAAGAAAUUUCCUAAUUUAUGAUUCAGAUUGUUUAUUUUAUGAAUUUUUCAGAAAAAUCUUAUGCUGGUUCCUUUUUAUUAUCCAUAAGGAACACUGUCUCGUAUUUGAGUUAUGUGACAAGUAUUUGAAAACACAUAGCCUUAUACAAAUGGUAAGCAUGAGGCCAAAUUGGUCUCCUUGAACUGUAUUUUGCCUUUCUUCCUAACAGUUAAAUAUUUUGUAAAACAUAUUAUACAGGAUUCUUCCACUAAUGAUGUGGUAUUUACUUUGUUAUCCACCUAUAGUAACAUGAAAAUAUAAAUGAGCAGUGAAUGCAAUACUCGUAAUGCAGUAUAUAUUGUAUAGGUUGCUAUAAGCCUAGUCUAGUUUAGAAACAUAAAUUAGUUCUCAGUAGAAUCCUAUCAUCUAAAAUUAUGCAUACUCUAUAUCUAAAAUAUCUGAGAUAAUACAUAGAAUGUAAUACACUGCAGAAUGUGAUGUCAAUUUUUUACCCUAGAAAAAUGCAGUGGAUUUUCCUGCAACUUGUUUCUGCUUCUUACGGUAACCAGGAAGAUAUACAGUAUGUAUUGUUAUCACUAUUCCAGCCAGUAAUAGAGCGUUUAAAAUACAAGGCUUUUUUUUUUUUUUUUUUUUUUUUUUUGGUCUUUUCCCUUUUUAUGGUAUCAGGGAUCAAACUCAUGACUGCCUGCUUGCAAGGCAGGCACUUAUGCUGCUGAGCUAAAUCCCCAGCCGCCAGGCAUUUUUUAUUAAGUUCAUUGAUAAAAUUUAGAAACACAUAGUGAUGAUAUCAUCUGGAAUUUGUUCCUAUACAUGGUAUACCUUGAUGCCUAUUUGUUUCCAUUCCCUUCCAUUAAAUCAGUCUUCCCUCCUUAUUUAUAAAUCUGUUUCUAUUUUGUGUUUAUUUCUCAAUUUUUUUCUUUUCCCUUCCUUACUUUCCUUUUCCCCUAUUCCAGACUCCACUUUCUUUUUGAAAAAUUUCUUCACAUUUCACAGUGUCUAGUAUACAUUUUUUUUUACUUACGCUUAUAAUUUCUCACAACUUAGAAACAGUGGAACAGUUACACAUGCAUGCCUGAUUUGUUUCUUCACUGAACAAUAUGGUUGCAAGGGUUGUCACUUUAGCUAUAAAGUAACAAUCCAUUGUAUUUUUUUAAAAAAAAAAAAAAAAAAAAAAAACAUCAUUUUUCAUCACUUGAGGGGCUUCAGAGGUAUUUCCAAGAUUUAGGUAUUACAAAUCAUGCAUUUGGGUGCAUUCAAAUCACUGUAGUAGGAUACUUUUAUUUCUUCUAGGAAGAUACCAAGGAGCAAAUAAAUGGGACAAAUGGAAACUUUAGUCCUCAUUCGUUCAAGAAUCAAGAGCAUCUCCUCACUAAUUCCAAAGAGGUUACGCCUCUCUACAUGCACCAACAAUAAAAAUGUGUUUCUUUUCCCAUUGAUUCUGCCAACAUUUGUUAUUGAUUCAUUUCUUCAUAAUAGCCAUUCUUUGUGGUGUGAGAUGGUAUCAUGGUCUAGGUUUUCUGGGAUUAUCCACCACUACCAUAAUUCUGUUGCUUUGCUGCAAUCAGUCAACACAUAUCUGUCCAACCACUGUCAAAUAAUGACUCCCUGAAGUGGACAUUUGUUUUUUUUGGUUUUCUUUUUUUUUUUUUUUUAUGUUAUUUAAAUUUAUUUCAUUUUUUUUCAAUGUUGUUGAUGCUUUGUCCUUGUUUUAUUUGUUUGUUUGAUUGGUUGGUUUUUUUGUUUUUGUUUUUGUUUUGGUACCAGGGGUCAACUCAAAACCUCACACUUUCCAGCCAGGUGCUUAUGCCACUGAGCUAAAGCUCCAGGCCUCUUUGUCCUUGUUUUGAGUGAACACUCUGUUUCUACCAUUUGUUGUUAUUAUGUGUCAUUCUUUUUUGUUUCUUGUUUUUUCCCGUCCUCACUUCUUUACCAGGUCCCAAAGAUUGUGUAAUCUUCUUUUGUCCUCUAGCCUUGCUUCCAACGUCUUCUUCUUUGAUUUUUCUAUUUCUCCUUUAAAUCCUUAUAAACUUUUUCCUCUCUCUGGGUAAUGUGGCCAUAUUGAGGGAAUAUUUACUGAGCAAAAAUUUCUAGUUUCUUUUAUAUUUUGUUAUAUAACUAUAAAUCUUGUUCAUAUGGUUAAAGAUGACAAAUAUUUGCUAUAAUUGUCAUUUUCAAGGAUGUGUUUGAUGCUUUUAUUAAGACUGUGCUACUUGAAUUGUAUUAAUCAAUUGUUCUUUCUUUUCUGCCAAGACUGUUUGCUUGAGGGUCAUAAACAGUACUAUAGGACAAUGCCAAAGAAACACGGGCUACACCAAAUAUGGAGCAAUUUCUCAUGUCCUAUGCACUGAAGAAGUAGGAUCUUACAGCAUACUGGAAACUGAAAAGCCAACUACAAAUGGAAAACAGCUCUGAAAAGUAGUCUAUACCCAAGUGUUCUUUAUAUUACCAGUAAUGAUAUCAAACAUAACUAUUUUGAAGCUUUAUUUCAGGAAUUAAAGUAAAAAGAAAAUAGAAAAUGAGGAGACAUGCAUUCAACAUGCAUCCUCAGACUUCAUGCUCACUAAAGGAGAACCCAGUGACGAAUUAGAUGAGAUGACUGAAUAGCUACCUACCUGGAUUCUCUGAAGUGGCAGCAGUAAAAGCAAGGAAAUGAAUGAGGCUCAAGAAAAAAAUCAAAUAGGGGCUGGGGAUUUAGCUCAGCGGCAUAAGCACCUGCCUUGCAAGCAGGCAGUUGUGAGUUCGAUUCCCAGUACCGAUUAAAAAAAAAAAAAAAGACAAAAAAAAAAUCAAAUCAAUAAUUUCUCACUUAAGAGAUGAUAACCAAAUAAAGGGCAUAUUUAGUGAAUCAAGAAAAGAUAAUACAAAAUUUUUAGUAAAUGAGUAAAAUGAUAGAAAAUUUAGUAAAAUGAUAGAAACUAUGAAUGCCCAACAUUGGAAAAGAAUGGAAUGAAUGAAACACAUUUAAAUAGAAAUUUAGGAGAUUUAAAUUCUAUUGAAUGCAUAUGCAACAGAAUGAAUCAAUGUGAGGGUAGAAUAUCAGAUCCAGAAGAUCAGAUUGAGAUUACCAAUCAUGAAAAAUAAGGUUUCCUUAAAAUUGCAAGGAAGGGGCAGGGGAUGUAUUUCAGCAUCACAGUGCCUGGUUGGCAAGCAUGAGACCCUGUUCAGUUCAUGGUGCCAAAAGUAAAAUAACAAGGGACCUCCCAAAAAACAAUCCAAUAGCUUCAAGAUGUUGCAAAGAACAAUAUAAGUGGAUCAGAGUCAGUGAAAAUCAGAGACACAUGUCAGACAGCACAAAUGUCAGGAAAAAAAAAUGCCUGUUUAUGAUGGCAGAACUUACCAAGCAUAGAAAAAGAGAUUGACAUAUGGAUCAGUGAGGCAUAUAAAGCUGCAAUUAGCCAUGACCAAAAUAAAUCUACAUCAAACCAUGUAAUAGUCAAGAUUCCAAAACCAUGUGUGGUGGUCCAUGCCUGUAAUCCCAGCAACUCAAGGGUCUGAGACAGGAUGAUCACUUUGACUUCAGUGUCAGCUUGGGCUAAAAAUGGUGUUUAAGGCCAUUCUGAAAAGCACAGUAAAGCCUGUCUCAAAAGAUGAAAGGGAAAAAAAGAUACCAGAAAUUCAGCACAUGAACUGAAUAUUAAAAACUAUUAGGGACAACAAAUAUCAUACAAAAGAAAGCCCAUCAGAAUCAUACCAAACUUUUUAAUACCAACAAUUACUCAAAGAAGGUUCCCGUGUAUUUCAAUUCUUUAAAAAAAAAACUAUCCAAAACAGAUUGACGCACCCCAUAAAACUGUUCAGACUCAAUAUAGAAAUGAUACUUCCACAAAAAUGAAAAGUGAAGAAACUUCUGAAAACAAAGCCAAAAAUACAAAAUGUCUGAAGGUUUUUUCACAAAGAGAUAAAGAAGACUAUACUUCCAUGAACACCAAUAGAAAUAAUCCACCAAUUAGGCAAGAAAUUAAAACAGAAAGGAAAGACUGGGAAUCAACUGCAGGAAAAUAAUAUGACUAAGACAAGACAGUAAACAUCAAUAGUUACCAGCAAUGUAAAUCUCUUAAUUACCAAUCCCCCCAACAUAGUGACACAAUAGGUCAAGAACUAAAUCCAAGUCUGGGGAUUUAGCUCAGCGGCAUAAACACCUGCCUUGUAAGCGCGUGGUUGUGAGUUUGAUCCCUGGUAUCGAUAAAAAAAAAUCAAAGAAUAUGAUGCAAAAAGAAACCAAUUUAAAUAAAAAAGUUUCGUAGACUGAAAGUCAAAGGGUAAAAAAGAGUUCUGAAGAUGGUGGGAACCCAGAGCUGGAUGUGGUGGCUCACACCUGUAAUCCCAGCACUCGGGAGGCUGAGGCAAGAGGAUCGUUGCGAGUUUGAGACCAGCCUAGGCUACAAAGUGAGCUCAAGGGCAGUCUGAACUGCACAGCAAGACCCUGUCUCAAAAAGACAAAAAAAAAAAAAAAAAAGGGAAACCAGAAAAAAAGUAUCCGUCCUAUAUCAUUUGCAGUCAAUGUGAACUUCAAGAGACUUCAAGAGAUGCAAAAGAUCACUGUAUACUUUUUGAAGGAAAACUCUACAAGGAAGAUUUAACAGUCAUAAAAAUAUACUCACAAAUACCAGUACACUUAACUAUAUAAAUCAAAUGUUUACAAACAUGAAAAUUAGACACUGACGCAAAUGAAGUGGAGGGUCUUCCUCUUCCCAAUUUGUGUACUGAAAAAAUAUAGCAAAACUUAUGGGAUGCUAUGAAAAUGAUCAUAUGAGUGAAAAAUAUAACCAGAAAUAACCAUAUCAGGAAAACUGAAGGAUCUAAAAUAAAAAGCCUAAUGUUUGAAACUUAACUUCUAGAAAAAAUAAGUGAAGCCAAAUGCUUAUAUGAAGGAGGAAAUUAUAAAGCUCACAGUAUAAAUUCAUUGAAUUCAGACUAAGAAAUCAAAAGGAAUCUAUGAAUUAAAGAGAUGAUUCCUUGAAAGUUUAAAUAAAAUUGACAAACACUUGGUAAACAUAUAUCAAAAAAGGAAAGAAAAAACUCAUAUCCAUGAGACUAAGAGUGAAAAUGUGGAAGCCCAAUGGAUUUGCCUGAAAUACAGAAGUUCAUCAGUACCAAAUUUGAGAACAAAUAAAAAAUAUUAACAAAAGAAAUAGAUAUUUUGGUAGCAACUUCUAAAUUACCAAAGCUGAAUCAGGAGGAUAUAAACAUUCUAAAUAAUCCAGCAUCAGUGAAUUAACUUGAAGUACUUUUAAAAUUACCAAUAAAUAAAUAAAAUCCCAGAUAUGGAGGGAUUCAUUGCUGAAUUCUACAAGAACUUUACAGAUCUAAUUCCACUACAGAUGAAACGCUAAUGAAAUUAAAAGAGAAGCAGUACUUGCGGAGUCUUUCUUGGAAAGAAGCACUAUCAUGAUGCAGAAAUCAGAACGACUCAACCAAAAAACAGCUACAGGACAAUAUCCUAAAUGAACAUACAUGCAGAUAUUUCUGAGACACUGGCAAGCAAUUCAUCAAGAAGUGUAAAAUAAAAAGAAGUUUAUACAUCAUUCACAAGAAAGAUUCAUCCCAGCUGUGCAAGGAUUGUUCAACAUAAGACAAAUCAGUAAAUGCAAUAUACUAUGUCAACAGAAUCAAGGGCAAAAAACACAUGAUCAUAGCAGAGAAAGCGUUUGACAAAAACAUUCAUGAUUUUAAAAAGCUACACAAAAUUAGAAGACAUGGUAGUAAUCUCAAACAGUGUAUAUCAUACUAAAUGCUAAAAAUUAAAAUCAUUGUAAAAUAAGGAAAAAGACAUGAAUGUCUUUGGUUCUUUGGGUAGUACACUGAUUUUGGGAACAACAUUUUUUUGUUACAGAAUUGGUUAGUGCUCAGCAAACAAUACGCACUGGUAUUCAAAAGAAAAAUUGGGGAAAGUCAAAUAGGUCAAACUUCAACUGUUGUGGGUGCUUGUUUCUGCUCAGUAAUGAGAUCUUGGACGAGAGCAGUUUCAUCCUGUUAAGAUGACUCACUGUGAUAAUGUCCAGAUUCAAGUAUCUGAACUUUUCAUGUUUCCCAAGGUCACCAUCUUUGUUGAGUUACUUUGGACUGCAGAGGCACUGAGAAUUUUGUGACAAUAGGAGUAUGUUUAACCUUCUGAGUAUGGGUUCACUUUGUGAAUGGCACCAGCUUUCUAUUUGCUCUUUCUUUCCAGCAAGUUUUGUUUAAAAUACAAGUUACCCCAGUGACUUAAAAACUACUUUUCAAGAUUUCACCUUAACAUUAUACUUUAUAAUAUUGAUUAUAUGUGAAGAAACAAAGAAAUACAUGCAAUUAUAUGUUUUGCAUUUCUCAUAAGUAUAUGUAAAGAUCCAUGGACUUAAUGAUGAGUGUGAGUAGAUCAACUGUUUACCUCCACAAUGUUUCCCUGAUUUCAUAUAAAUAAUAAGUAGCCAUAGAAUAGAAAUUUGUAAGCUCUUUCGCCCUUAAAAAUAUCAUCAAGCAAAACUUUUAUUUGGUUUCAGCAUUUCAAAGUGGAAUGAAUUAAGGCCGACAAUUGGCUCAGUGGCUUAAGUGCCUAUCUGGUAAGCAUGAGGUCAUGAGUUCUAUCCCUAGUAACCAAAACAAACAAAACCAAAUUGGAAUGCAUUAAUUGAGAUUAUUUCAUUUUGAUUACACAAAGUUUCUAUUGGAUAGCCUAGUGAACAUAGUACUGCAGGGAAGUUCAUAUUUCUGACAUUUCACUCCACUACUCGACUGCCUCUGGACUUGUGUUAUUUCAAAUUUGGUUUCUUUUAUUUCUUGUCUAUCAUGUAUUUUAAAAUGUUAAUACUGACUCUCUGUAAGUGAUAAACUAGUAUUUUUGUUAGACAAAAAACAUACUGGUGUCCAGAUAAUAAGAUUCAACAUUUAUACAAAUGUUCAUAUGUAAAGACCAAUAUAUACAAAUGAAUUUGAACUUUUCUAUUGGUAAAUUGCUAUUAAAUAUAUCAAAUUUAUCAAAAAAUUUUGAUGAGAUUUAAUAAUAACAAUGUAAAUAUACUUGGUGUAUUCAAAACAUUUCACCAUUGAGCAUUGGGUAGUAGAUGAGAAUAUACAUAUAAAACUCCCACUGACUCAAACUUUUCAUGCUGUCUUUUUGUCCACUCAUUCUUUGUGACUUUGCCUUAGUUUACUGUGUGUAACUUUCCAUGAAUAAUGUUGUUUUAGUUUCUUUUCAUGUAGUUUUCAGUAGUAAUCAUAAAUAGCAUGGAAGGGCUGGGGAUUUAGCUCAGCAGCAUAAGCACCUGCCUUGCAAGCAGGCAGUCGUGAGUUCGAUCCCCAGUACCGAUUAAAAAAAGAAAAAAAAAAGUUUAAAAAAAUAGCAUAGGGAAAUAUUUUGGAAAUUUUUUUGUCUCGGUAUUGACAAAUGCUGAUGUGUGAAUCAAGUGAAAAAUACAUUCACAAUUAUGUUGGUCAUAAGUUUUUUUGAAAUAUAACAGCACAAUGUAUUCUCUGGGCAAUGUUAAAAGAAUUUAUUGUUCUUUUUUUGGCAAACAAAAAAAAUUAAUGCAUCAGUUGGUUCUCCCUCCUUGUAUAAGUCUUAAUGUGUUUCAUACCUCAGUCUUAUUUUAUUUCAUUUCAUUUGUUUUCUUUCGUUUUAUUUUUUGGUGCUAGAGAUAGAACUCAGGACCUUGCACUUACCAGGCAAGCGCUUGAACCACUGAACUAAACACCCAGCCCCUCUUCAAUUUUAUUUGAUUUUGUGAAGAUUUGAUCUUUUAUAUUUACUGCUUCUCUUGAUUCAUAUGUUUUAUAUUUUUUAGAUAUUUGUGUUCCUUGAAUCUUUAUCUGAACAUAAAACUUUUAUUGUGUACACAGCAAAAAUUUUAGUCUUUGUUUAUUUCCUAUGGUUGUCAUAGGAAAUUUAGUUUCUUGAAUUCUGAUGUCUACUUGUAUCUCUGAGGAAACUUUUGGUAUCAAAAAAUUACUGCACUAUAAAAUCCUAAGAUAUUCAUCUUUCCUUUUCAAUACAUAAUUUAUGUACAUAAAAUAGAAGAGUAUACAGUCUAGAUUUCCAAAUACAUACCUGUUUCUCCAUGAACAUAAAUAAAACAUACUGUGGUUACUUUCAGAUAUGUUUAACACAAGGUAUAUCAUGAUUCACAGUUCUAUUUGUAUGUGCAACCACAAAAGGCUGCUUUUCUUUUUGGAGAUCCAUUUGUGAUUCCCUCUACUAAUUGCAGAUUAUAACAAAAGCUGUAACAUGAAUGUUUUAUGUAAAGUAUUCCACCUUUCACUUUGCUCAUAAGGUGCUGAGUAUUGUCAGUUUUCUAUUGUACUGCACAAUUGCAACUUUUUGAGCAGAGCAAAGGAGUGAAUUAUAAGUGAUGUGAUCUUUAAGUUUUCCUUUUGUGGUUUUAGUAUGGCAUAAGAUUUCACUUUAAAAUCCUGACAGGCCCUAAAUUUACCUCAUAACUGGGGUACUUGGAAAUUCUCCUGCUUCAGCCUCCCAAGUGCUGAGAUUGCAGGCUUGUACCACCACAACUGGCUGAAGUUUUCCUCUUUUAAUUAGUGCCUAAUUACUUCGUGAUGUCUUCAUUUUUAAUUUGUAUAAUGUUUUAUUCAUAUUCUUCCCCUAAUUAAGAUAAUUUUGACAAUCAUAGGAUUUCUUGUAUCUAGGUGCAAGUGAUCAUUUGAUAUUAUUGAACUGAAAUAUGCCCCUUGAUUGACUUGCUUCAUGAAUACCAUUUUCCAUUAGCAUUUUAAUAUUUUUAUCAAUGUUUUUUAUUGGCACAUGUUAGAUAUACAUACUGAUAGCAUUCAUCUUGAGAAUUUGUAUCUGUUCAUGGUAUGUCUUCUUUUUUUUUCUACUCUUCUCCCCUCCCUUCAGACCCACUUCUCCUCUUUAUUUAUGAUACUGUUUUAUAUUUGUCCCUUUCUUUCAUGUCAUUUAUCCCUCCAUUUUUUCCCUAUUCAUUUAAAGAAUUUAUUUUCAACUUCCUUAAAAAAUAAAAACCAGAGAAUCCAUUUGACCCAGCAGUUUGCUUUCUUUCUCUUGCUGCAGAAGACCUAAAAGUAUCUGACCACAGUGAUGUCUAUUCACCCAUGUUUCUACUGACACAGUCUGUAAUACAUGACUCUUAAAAACAGCCUAGAAGCCCACUGACUGAUGAGUAGAUGAAGAAGAUGUGGGUGUUUUAUACAGUGUAGUACUACUGUGCAUGAAGACUAAGCUUAAGAUAAUUCUAGUUAAGUGGGUGGGCAUUGAAAUUACACUGAAAUAAAUUGGACACAUGUGUGUAACUAUUAUGUAAUUUCUCUGUUGUGAAAAAUCAGUGAAAAUAAGGAAAAAAAAUACAUAUUCUUUAUUUAAUGUUCAAUUAAGUUUUUUCCAGGAAAAGAUUCACAUUUGAAAAGGCUGCUUAUGAACAGUAUAGCAGAAAUUAACUUAAAUUUCUGAAUAAUUAGAUUUUUUUAAAAAAAUUUUUUUGGUGUCGGGAAUUGAACUCACAACCUUACACUUGUCAGGCAAGCGCUGACACUGCUGAGCUACAUUUCUGGCUCUGAAUAAUUAGAUUUAAAAGGACUUAUAAUCUAUGAUCUGUCAUAACCCUUGAGGAUAUAUUUUUCUGCCUUUUUUGGGGGAAUAGUGAUUUACAGGCUGCCUUUUAUGAGCUCUGCCAUAGAAAUACUACAGAAACACAAUUUCUGUAAACCUUAGCAUGAAACCACUCAUACUAAUCUGCUGUUGCUCUAGCAGAGAGAAGUAAUCUAACAUCAGAAUUAUGUAUAAACAUGAGUUUUGUGACAAAGUGAUAUCAUUUAUAUUUGAAGGGGCAAACUAUAUCAGCUUUUACAAGAAAAGAAGAGUUCAAGUUUUCAGGGUAUGAGUGUCAACCCUCUUUCUGGAAACAUGUAUGUAAUUUUUUAGGAGACAGUGACUAUGGAGGAUGUAACUGUGAACUUCUCUAAGGAGGAGUGGACUCUGCUGAAUCCAUCCCAAAAGAAGCUCUACAGAGAUGUGAUGUGGGAAACAUUUAUGAAUAUAAAUGCUAUAGAAAUCAUGAAGCAAAAUACUACCAAUAUAAAACAUGCAAUCAACAUGAAAACAUAUUCCUUCAGAUUUCAGAUGGCAAUUUGGACAUGCAAAAAGUUGCUUUAAUUACGGGUGGAAGUCUUGCUUGCAGUGAGUUCCUGAUUGGGAAUUUAUCUUUAAAUGUGCCCAUUUUACAACAUACUGGAGAGAAGCCAGAUGAAUAUUUGGGAUUUGAUGACAAGCUGACUAAAUGUAAUGAACAUGGACAAACCUGCAGUGAUUUUCAGCCCUUUCAGAAGCAUGGAAGGACAAAGACUGCAACGAAGUCUUAUCAAUAUGACCAAAAUGAGAAUUCCUACUUAGACGUAAAUGAAAGAACUCACCCUGGAGAGAAAACAAUUGUUGGAAUGAAAAAUGCAAAAGAUUCCAGCACCCCCAGUAGUUUUGAAAUUGAUAGAAGAAUUCACACUAGGAAGAAACCAUAUAUGUGUGAGCAAUAUAGAAAAAAGUUCAAUACUCGAAGUUGUAAGAUUCAUGAUAGGAUUUAUGUGGAGGAAACCCCAUGUGGAGAUAAGCAGUGUGGAAAAGCAUUUUAUUCACAUGGUUGCUGCCAAAGACAUAAAAGAAUUCACAUUCGUAUGAGUUCAUUUACAUCUAAGCAAUGUCAGAAAUCAUUCAGCAGAAGCACUCCAUGUCAAAGCCAUGAAACUACCAAUGCUAGAGAGAAACCUUAUGUAUAUAAACAUUGUGGGGAAGCUAUCACCAGACACAACUAUGAUCAAAUGCAUGAAAGAUAUCACACUGAGGAGAAACGAUAUAUGUGUAAACAAUGUGGAAAAACAUUCACUAGAAAGAGUUAUUCUCACAUACAUGAAAAAACUCAUACUGGCGAGAAACCUUAUGUGUGCAAGCAAUGUGGGAAGGCAUUCACUACACACCAAUAUUGUCAAAGACAUGAAAGAACACACACUGGGGAAAAACCAUAUGUAUGCAAGCAGUGUGGGAAGGCAUUUACUACACGCCAGUCUUGUCAACUACAUGAAAGAACACACACUGGGGAGAAACCUUAUGUGUGCAAGCAAUGUGGGAAAGCAUUCACUAGAAAGCUUCAUUAUAAAAUACAUGAAAGAGCACACACUGGAGAAAAACCUUAUGUGUGCAAGCAAUGUGGGAAGGCAUUUACUUCACACCAGUAUUGUCAAAAACAUGAAAGGAGACACACUGGGGAGAAACCUUAUGUGUGCAAGCAAUGUGGAAAAGCAUUCACUUCACACCAGUAUUGUCAAGUACAUGAAAGAACUCACACUGGAGAGAAACCUUAUGUGUGCAAGCAGUGUGGAAAAGCAUUCUCUAGAAAACUUCAUUAUAAAGUACAUGAAAGAACACACACUGGAGAAAAGCCUUAUGUGUGCAAGCAAUGUGGGAGGGCAUUCACUGCCAAAAAUUCUUACAACAUACAUGAAAGAACUCAUACAGGGGAAAAACCUUAUGAUUGCAAGCAGUGUGGCAAGGCAUUCCCAACAAAGAAUUCUUGUAAGUUACAUGAAAGAAUUCACACUGGGGAGAAACCUUAUGUGUGCAAACAGUGUGGGAAGGGGUAUAUUACAAAUCAAAAUUGUCAAAUACAUGAAAGAACUCACUGGGGAGAAACAUAUGACCAAGCAAUGUGGGAAGACAUUGACUACGCAACCAUCUUAUCAAAGACAUGAGACAAUUCACACUGAAAAAUCUUACAUGUGAAAGCAAUGUGAGAAGGCAUUUGUUAUGCACUUGUCAAUGAAAUGAAGUCACAUGGGAGGGACAUGCAAACUGUGGGAAACAUUACCUACAAAACUAGUGAAAAACAUGAAGCAAGUCACAGAAAGUAUGUCUACAUGCAAUCUGGGAAGAUACUACAAAGUGUACAAAAAUAUUUUAGAAUUUGAUAUAUAUGCUAAUGAAUGGAUCUUUAAAGACAUGAACAUGUAUGUAUGUUUUUAAAAGUUUUUUUACACAACUUGUACAAGUGUUUUUUAUGCCCUAACUAGAUAUCUGCACAGAUCCCAACAUAAUCAUAUAAAGAACAUGAUUUCACCUGAUUUUGCUUUCAUGUUGAAGUCAUUACUAUGAUUUACAUACAGUUUUCUUAACAUAAACAUUUUACUUUUCAUGCUUACUUUACUGCUUUCAAUUUGGUCGUAGUUUUAUCACAAUUUAUACCCCUCCCCCAAAAAAACCCCUCAUACUCCUUGGAGUUUCUGUCUGUGACAAAUGAGAUGGACUAUGCCUUGUCUUAUAAAGACUAUCAUGAACUGUAAUAUUGUGAGAGUCAGUGCUUACUAGAGAAACUUUUAAUGUGAGAUAUACAUAAGCAUCUUCCAGCGUGACUUACAAUAUGUGUGCACAUAGAUUUGAAAGUGCAAAAGUCUCAGUACACUGGAUAUUCAAAAACAUCCUGUUCAAGGCUUGGAGCCCACUUUUGUGUCAUGUGCAAGUCUGUAUCAUCCCAAAGUAUCUGUUCUAGAAGAUUGAAUGAUCUGAGUUGGAGGCUGAAGAGUCUGAGAUGGAGCCAGGAGAUGGCUUCCAAUGUAACAGUGAACAGUAGAGCUCCUCCACAGAAACAGAUUUAAACCUUUUGUCUUUCUUUUAUAACACUGGCUACUAUCCUUUUUAGGGUUAGUCUUCCACAUCCCUAAUUUGUUGGGCAUGCAGUACUCAGCUUGACACAAUCAGUUUACUGCCACUAUCCACACAUUAGCUUCAUAGCUGCAAACAUUUUUUAAACCAUGGUCAAACUUAAUAAAACUUUCAACCAUCAAUUCAGGAAGUAAACUACAAAAAAGGAAAACGGGAAGACAUGGACCAACAUACAGCCUCAGACUUCCAGUUCACCCAAGAACAAUCCAAGGAGCAAUGAGGUGGAAUAAUUUAAAAGUCACACACCUGGACUCUGAAAUGGUAACAACUAAAAUAACAAAAUGAAUGAGUCUCAAUAAAAAACUCAAAUCAGAAAUAAUUCUCAAAAUAAAUUCAGAGAUGAUGACCAUAGUAAAGGGUAUGAUUAGUGAAUUUAGGAAAGAUACAGAUUUGAAAAAAAAUCAAGGCUUCAGUAAAUGAAAGAUAUCAUGAAUGCCCUACACAGGAAAAGAAUGAAAUCAAUGCUAGAUUCAAAUAGGUAUCCAGGAGAUUAAAAAUUCUAUUGACUUCAUGUGAACUUGCCAUGCUGUUCUUAAUACUAUCAUAUUGCUAACUGUAUUACCUAAGCAUGAUACCAUACCUUUCUGAAGCAGUUCUUCUCCCUUGAAUGACAGCACUGUGACUGUUUAGGAUCAUAACCAUUACCACAUUUCUGUACCAAAGGACUGGAUGCUGCAUCAAAUAGAAAAUUCUGAAUGCUGAGAAGGUCGGUUCUUGUGAUGGACACAAAAACUAAGAAUCACCUACAUCUACAAGGCGUCCCUAGGGGUGACAGUUGUAGGAAUAAUGCUUUCUACCAUAAGAGUUACACUACAUCUGAAAAUUUACAGCCCCAGAACCAUAGAAACAAAUUGCAUACAGUUAAAAAAAAAAAAAGAUAUCACAGAAAAUUCAUAGAAUCUGCACAGCACAAUGUGAAGGCAAAAUUCAAAUUCAUCAUCAGUCCUGGGUUGCAAAUACAAUUUCUUUACCCUCUUACCAAUUCGUUUCCAAAAUUGGACAUGGGUCCAUCUAAAUAACCAAAUCCUCAUACAUUACUUCUGAGAUAUGACAUUAAUUUUACUUUCUUGAAGUAAUAUAUUUUGUCCAUAACUAUCUCCUCUUUAGCUAGCAUUUCACUCUUUAAUGUAAAUCUGUCCUCAUUUAUCUCCUCUUUUGUCAAAAAUCAUGGUUCAUGUGACUGGUACCACUUUUGUGGGCUUUCUACAGAUUCAUAGCCUCGUUUCAAAUGUGUGUACUGAGGGCUAUGAUAUGUUCAGAACUGAUUCUGACAUACAGAACAUUACUUGCACAUUACAUUCUUGAAUCAUUAUACACAUCUGUGGAUGUGCAAUCUGAUUUCUCCUAGUUUUCCUGAUGAAGAUCGGAAGCUGAGAAAUUUAAUUAUGUCCUAAUUCACAGAACAAAGUAUAGCCUGAAGUGUAUGUGUGUCUCCGAAUAGGUUUUUUUGUCUCUGCAGUGUAUGUCUAUCCCACAUGGGUGAUUUAACUCUACUAUAUUAUCCUUCCCUGCAAUAAUUUUGUUAACUCUAUCUCAAUCUCCUGUCAUGUUACUGAUCCCAAAACAAUAAGUUUCUCAGGUAACUUGAGGAUAAAUAUUUUCUUAUUGCAAUCAAGAAUAGGAAUAUUGCCAGAUGGUGGUGCGUGCCUGUAAUCCCAACACUUGAGACUGAGGCGGGAGGAUCAUUUAUGAGUAUGAGACCUGCCUGAGCUACAAAGUGACCUCAAAGCCAGCCUGAACUGCAUAGUGAGAUCUGACUCAAAAAGAAAAAUGAAAGAGAGAAAGAAAGAAUAGGAGUAUUAUAAUAGAUAAUUUCUGGGUCAGGAUGUCACUUGUGGGGUUAUUGACGAAGAACAGAAAUAUACUCUUACAAUAUCAAAGAAUAAGAGUAUGGCACAGAAAUCAAGUGAAACAAUUUUUCCUCAUGAUACAUGGUUGAAUGCCAAAUAACCGUAUAUGUGCAGAUAGCACUAAUGAAUACUGUUUAAUAAGAUGCCCACAUACUCCAGUCUUAUGUCCUUCACUGUCAGAUUAAUACUUACGGGCCCAUCACCUAUUAGAGGUAUCCAGUCUCUGCACUGUAUCUUUAGAUGUUUUGUUUCCAAAAUGCAACAGAGGGCCUUUUGAAUCUCCCUUUGGGUUACUGGACUGGUGUUUUAAGUAUAAGUAUUCCUAAAGAAUUGUUUCCUGGCUUAUAUUAGAUAUUUCAUAUCAGUAAUGCAAUGUGAGAUUGAAUCUCCCUGUUCUUGUAUAUCCAGACACAAAAUAUCACUUUAGUCAGGAUCCACUUAGGGUUUAAUUGUUGGUGAACUAAUUAGGAUCCAACUUUCCUAUGCAUAACUUUUACUUACCUAAGAUAAUUGUUUCUCGCUGCAUUACACACACUUAAUGAAAACAUUCAGAAAAGUAAUAAACUUUCAAAACCCAAAGUUGUGCUGGGAAUCAGUGUUUCAUUAAUUAUCUUAUAGUCUUCUGGUAAAUGAUUCUGAAGAUUUUUUAAAUACUAUGAAGCACCCUUGCACAGUUGGUGAAUAGAAUACCUUGUUUAUUGUGGUGUCUUUUUUAAGAUUUCUGUAUAGACAUUUUUUUUUUAUCAGUACCCGGGAUUGAGCUCACAACCGCACGCUUGCAAUGCAGGUGCUGCUUAUGCCACUGAGCUAAAUCCCCAGCCCCUGUGUAUAGACAUUUUGUAAAAGAAUAUUUAGGAAGUAUAUUAUCAUAUUGAGCAUACAUGAAGAGAUAACUGGUGUCUUUUCUGUGAUUCUUACUAUGUAAGUACUGUUUACUGAAUCAUUUAUCUAAAAUUCUACUAUCUCUUGCUGCUGUUUUUUCUGCUUCAGUGUUUGUCUCGUGAUUCUUAAUCUCUCUUCUGUGAUCGCCUUUUUCUCUGUAUAUUUCCCAUAGGAAAGCAUUUACCAUAUGGUAUUUUCUUGCCCAUAAUCUACUCAGAUUUUAUUUUGAUUUCUAUUAUGAGGUGCCUUGGUCUAUGUCCAUCUACCUUUGGAUUAAAAUAUUAAAAUAUAAGGAAAGGA